AUGGGAAAUAAUAAUAGCUAAGAAUCCACAAAGUUAGCUUAAUUGUAUUGUGAAUAUCAACCAACAAAAACACGAGAUGAGUGUAUUUCAAUCAAUUAAUUUAGAAUUUGGAGAUUGUACAGUCUUAGUUAAUAAAUAAAAUCCAAAAGUAAAGCUUAUUUUGAAAGAAUAUACUUAUACAGAUGAAAUACUAUUUAAGAAAAGUAAGAAGGAAUUUGAAAAUAAGUAAUAAUAAAUUCAAAAUCAAUACAUUCUUAAGAUUGUAGAUAUCUAUACUACUUAAGAUCAAUAAGUGUGUAGUUAAUUUUUUAAAAUAUACAUAUUGAUAGAACAUCCUACUUCCUAAUUGGCUACAACAUAAUUGGCAUCCUAAGAUUAUUGGGCAGUUUUAUUCGGAUAUGUUAGAGCAUUAGAAGAUUUAUAAAAUAAAUGCAUAUAACAUGAACAUAUCUAAUCAAAAACAUUAUACUUACCACCUAAAAUAAGUAUUCCUUCACUUUAUGAACAAUCUACUAAUUUUUAAUAACUAUUUUAAAAUAAUAAAAUCAGUGAUGUUUUUUUAUCACCAUUACAAACAUUGGCUCUAAGACAAAAGGAAUUUUAACCUCAACAUAAUCCAUACAAAAGUGAUGUAUUUAUUCUUGGAAUGUGCAUAUUAUAGAGUAUUUUAAAAGCUCCGAUAAAUGAUUGUUACAAAUAAUUGUAUUUGGUAGAAGAAGUUUUAUUAACUAAAUUACAUUAAUUAAAUUCUGUUGUCCAACCCUAAUUGUUUGAAGUCAUUCAAUCUAUGUUAAUGAUCUAAGAAAAUUAAAGACCUGAUUUUAUAGACUUAUCAAAAUUAUUAGACUAGAAAUAUUAAGAAUCAACAUCUAUUAAUAAUUUUAAAUAUUAACUUAGAUCUUUUAAUUCAUAAGAUCAGUAGUAAUAAAGUUCUAUAUAGUCUUAGUAAAUUUAAUAGUAAUAAUAAUAAUAAUCUAAUCCUUAAUAUUAAUAGUAGACUCUUCCUAUAAUGAAAUAAAUAAAAAGUUCAAAAUCUAAUGCUAAAAAACCUUCACUUAGGGAAAUUAUUACUGAACAAUCAAAUACUAACUCAACUAUGGCUAGUAGAAUGUAGGAAGAUUCAGUUUAACCUAAUUUACCUGAUAAUUGUGAUUUAAUUUAAUAAAUUGUUUGCUCAUAAUAAAUUUCGAAAUUAUCAAAAAUUGAUGAGAAUAUUGAUACUAAUGAAAAUGAUGAAAAUUUUACUAAUAGAUCUUAAAAUUUACCAUUACAAGAUCAUACUGAUUAACAUGUUAAUUAAAAUUUUGAAUUAAAGCUUAGUGAUAUAAAUGUCAAAGAAUCUUAAUAAUAAUUUUCACUUCCAUUUGAUUUACCUCAACAAUAAUAACAAUAACCUCAUAUUUCAGGAUUUUCAUCUUAAGGAGAAAUAUUUGUAAAUGAAUAAUAUUAAGAUGGUUCUAAAUAUAAUGGAUAUAAAUUUAAUGGAAUGAGACAUGGCCAAGGAAUAUUUUAUUAUAAAGAUGGAGGAUAUUAUGAUGGGAAUUGGUAGUUCAAUCAUAUGCAUGGUUAUGGUACUUUAUAAUUAAAAAUAAUAGGUACUCUAUAUUAUUCAAAUGGUAAUCCAGCUUAUAAAGGAUCAUGGAAUUAAGAUAAAUUUUAAGGUUAUGGAAUAUUAUUUAAUGAAAUGACAUCUUAAUUAAAUGAACCAUUUAAUUAUUAAGAUUUUGAUCAUAUUGAAGAGUAAUUCUAUUGUGUAAUGUAGUUUUUGGACUAAGUAUGAAGGAGAGUUUAAUGAUGAUAAUAAAGAAGGUUAAGGAACUCUAUAUUUAUCAAAUGGUGAAAAAUUUUGUGGUUAAUUUCUUAAAGAUUAUAUUAAUGGAUUUGGGUUAUUCCAUACAAAAAAUCAAAAAAUAGUUGAAGGAAGAUGGGUCAAUAAUAAAUUAAUUAAAUGA